CGGGGAGACACCAGAGGAACACAGCCUUCGACCGCCUCGGGUUUGGUUAAAUCUUAGUUUUAUUGUUUGAUCAAUCAGUUUAUCGCCGCGUUGAUUUGAACUUUGUUUUCUUGUAUUUUGUGGGAAUGUUUGUUGGGGGUUUUUUGAUUUUGUUUUGGCGCGAUAAUCAGAUAAUUCGGUUCAGCCUCGUCCAGCAGCUCUGCACGCAUCCUGCACGUCCAUCGACUCCUGAAGAACCAUCAGACAAACGCGUUUCCUCUCUGCAAGUGUCCCAGAUGAUAUCACAUAGCAGAUCCCCGAACUCCUCUUCACAAAGGAGCAGACCCAGGAUCUGUGUGGUGGCUGACCGCCCCUCGGUGGGCACACAAAGCAAACCGACCCCCGCCGUGACUUUUAUCGGACGAUCAGCAGCUCACCUGUUUGUGCACAAUGAAGAUCGCGGUGGAAGGCUGUUGCCAUGGAGAGCUGGACAAGAUCUACGAGACAAUCGGCUACCUGGAGAAGAAGGAAGGGGUUAAAGUGGACCUGCUGCUCUGCUGUGGAGACUUCCAAGCAGUGCGAAACGAAGGCGACAUGAUGUGCAUGGCGGUACCAGCGAAGUACAGAUCGAUGCAGACCUUUUACAAAUAUUAUUCUGGAGAGAAGAAGGCUCCGGUCCUGACCAUCUUCAUCGGAGGGAACCACGAAGCCUCCAACCACCUGCAGGAGCUGCCGUACGGAGGCUGGGUGGCUCCCAACAUUUAUUAUCUGGGUUAUGCUGGUGUUAUUCGCUACAAAGGGAUUAGAAUUGGCGGUUUAUCAGGGAUCUUCAAGUCACGGGACUACAGGAAGGGUCACCAUGAAUUCCCUCCAUACAAUCCGGAUACGCUUCGAAGUGUUUACCACAUCCGAAAUAUUGAGGUUUUCAAACUAAAACAGAUCCAGAUGCCCAUUGACAUUUUCAUGAGCCAUGACUGGCCUCGUGGAAUCUACCACUACGGGAGCACGGGGGAAUUGUUGCGGAAGAAGAAGUUUCUGCGUCAGGAGGUGGAGUCCAACACUCUGGGAAGUCCUGCGGCUGAGGAGCUGCUCGCUCACCUGCAGCCCAGCUUCUGGUUCUCUGCACAUCUACACGUGAAAUUUGCUGCCGUUAAACAGCAUCCGCCUAAAGGUAAUGCUGCCCCACGUGUGACCAAAUUCCUGUCCCUGGAUAAAUGUCUGCCCUACAGGGAGUUCUUACAGGUUGUUGAUGUUCCAGAGAGACCGGGUUCAUCUGAGGGUCUUGAGUACGAUCCGGAGUGGCUCGCUAUCCUGAAGGCCACCAACGGUCUGCAGAGGACCACCCCGCACCCCUGGAACCCCCCAGAGAAUAACGGCCUGCACGAAAGGUGGGACUUCAGACCCUCAGAAGCAGCUAUGAUGCAGGUGGUGGAGGAUCUCAACGGCGAGCUCGCCAUUCCAGACAACUUCAGCCAGACUGUGCCGCCCUACGACCCCAACAAGCCUCAGCCGCACGCCACUCCCAGCUGUAACACCAACCCGCAGACCACCGAGCUCUGCGCCACGUUGGGUCUCACCGACCUCUACGCUCACGUCGGGCAGGGAGGCGACGCGUUGGGGAGAGUUCAGGGCGGCGAUGGAGGAGAGGAGGACGACGAUGGACGCAGCGUAGGAAGUGCGGACGAGCCCAGCGAGUACCCGACCGACACCUCUGGAUUGUCGAGUUCGUUUAACCCCGAUGAGAUCACAAUCGAGGACGAGUGGGAGGAAGAGGAGGGAGAGGAGGAGGGAAACUCAGAGGCAGCAGAAAAAGGAGACCAGCCUCCUGGAGGUGAAGUCCGCACCCCCAGCCGCAUGGUUCUCCCCGCUCCCAAAUCUGACGCCUCCCCGAAUCUGCUGUCCAACCUCAUGAGCCUGCCGCCUCCCUCCCACUCCACGCCAGCUGUCGCUCGCACGCACGCUGGAGCGGAGAAGGAAGAACGCUGUGAGGACGAGGAUGAAGACGCCUCAGCUGUACGAAUCCUAAAACGCACCAGCAAUGAGACCGAGGCCCCCGGCAGCAGGGGCCCGACUCCGCGGAUCAAACGCAGGAACCAGGUCAUCUACACGGCGGUGGACGAUGACGAGAGCGAAGGUUAGAGGUCAGGGUGAGAUCAGGCAGGUGAGGACUCGCUCUACAUCUGUCACACUUUUUAAGUUGACGAUUUGUAAAAUUUAUUGUUAAUUUUUGAGUUUUAAAGAGCUUCUGACGUGACAGAAGCAGAGUUACGGCUUUGUUUAAAACGCCCUGAAAGCAGACUGAACACAACGAAAGAGGGUUAGUUUCUGGAUUCAGUUUCUCUUCGUUCAGAUAUGAUUUUUAUAUAUUUUAAUCAAACCAGGAGAAAUUUUAGGAAGCAGAUUUUGUGUUAUUUUUCUACAUGUAAUUUCAAGACAACAGCAAGGAGAAAAGCGACUUGUUUUUUAAAUGAAUUAAAGGCAUCAAACACUACUGUACAGCCAUUUGGUAAAAGGAACAAAUAAAAUCGGCUGCUAAUGUCUAUUCAAGAUUUUUACACUUUUUCAAUUUUAAAAUUCCAAAUUUUUUGUCUAAAUUUCCAGACUCUCAACAGAUUUUUCAGACCAUAUUUGGCAUGAGUUCAAAUGGCUAAAUCUCAACUAUUAAAAUAAAUCCAACUGUUUUGUUACAUUCUGACUAUGUAUGUUAUUAUUAGGGCUAUGCAAAUUAAAAAAUAACUUUUGGGAUUAUUUUGACAAAUAUUGAGAUAUGAGUUGUGAUUUUUGUGGGAAUGAUAAUUUUUCACACUUCAUUUUAAUUUAAAAAAAUGAGAUUUUUGCUGGGGUCUCUACUAGGGUUGCAAAUCAUAAGCACUUUCCUUAAUCAGUUAUUGUUAAAAUUAACAAUUGAGUAUUUGCCAGUUUGGGGGAAAAAAUCUGCUCAUUUUUGCUCAAUCAGAGCUCAGAGUAACACUUUGAUUAUACUUUUGACAGCACUGCAAAGCCUGCCAAUUAAUCGAUUAAAUUUCUCAUGUUCAGUUAAAUGUUAAUUUUUAUUAUCCCUAAUUGCAUGCAAUUUUUCUAGCUCGCUCUGCCCCAGACUUUUUCAUGCAGCGUAACUAUUUUAGCUGCGAUGGCUGUCCCCCCAAAACGUCAUGAAAACAAUCUGCUUGUAUGAUCAAUUUAUUUUUAGAAGUUCUGAUUUUUAUGUCUUAGAAAACAGAAUAGUGUCUGGAAACCCAAAUAUUUUUCUUUAUUAUUAUUUAUUAUUUUCCAUGCUCUUUUUCUCAUAUUUAUCCAGACCAGUAAAAUCAAGUUGUUCUUUUUUUUUUUUAAUCGAGGCGAGUGAAAGAAAAGCAGUCAUCAUUCUGCACUCAAAGCGCCAUUCACAGCUUUAUUGAACACUUUACAUACUCAAGGUGCUGAUGGAAAAAAAAUCAAGUUUUAAUUGCACAGAACACUGAACCUACUUGUGAUCACUGAAGGAUGAUAAAGUGAAUGCUGUCCGAUGCUGUUCGAUGUGUUUAAUGUGUCGUGGGAGGAACAAACCAUUUCAGCUUUAUUUGAUUUGAAAAUAGCCUCAUUCUUCAAAUGCUCAUCUGAUUUUGAGAUCCUUAAUUAGUUCACCGUAUUUUGAUCAAAAUGCAUUUCGAACAAGCCUCAGUGUGAAUCCAAAACAAUGAAGCGCAACGCAAGAUUUUUCCUUCACACAAAUAUUUGUUUAAAUCAGAUUUAUCACACUGAUUAGAGUCCCUUUUUUUGUUUUGUUUUUUUUUAGCCACGAUCCAUUCCAGGUUCACAAGUGUGCUCUGCUAAAAUCAACAUACACUUUCAUUUAAAAUUAAGACAAUAAUAUAUAACAUACAGUGUAUUCAACAAGAUCUCUUUACAUCCAUACAAAGAGCCAAUACAGUAUCGCCUGAUGACGGGGUGCCGAGUUAUUGGUUUAUCGUACAAGCCGAUGUCGGGGAGAUGAGAUUUCUGCACUUUGCCUACGAAGCAGCAAGCACACACGUAUAGAAAGCCUCAAACAUGAUUCACGG